ACAUGUAAAAAAAAAUCUAAUGGAACGAAAACAAAAUAGAUCACACAUGUCCGAAGGCUGCUGAAGUUGUAUGCUCCGCCGUUAGACGCGGCGCCGAAUCGCUCCGUCCAUGUUUGACAAGAAGAAGAAGAGAGCUUCCACACCUUCAACUUCAACCUCUCCUUGUGCCAUUCUCAGAGACGCAUACCACAAUUGCUUCAACAGGUGGUACGCCGAGAAAUUCAUGAAGGGUCACUGCGACAAACUAGAUUGCGUUUCCGAGUGGCAAAAAUACAGAGCUUGUCUCUCUGAACAUUUGGAAGAUAAGGAUUUGAUUCGUUUAUUGGAAGCUGAAAACGUUGUUGAAGACAAAGCUGUUGAUUCUAAGUAACUUAGUUAUGGUGAAUAAGGCUAUUCUGUUUCUGGAUCUUUUACUGCCAAAGACAGUGAAUGGUUCAUAUGUUUUGGGCAAUAAUCAGUGAUCAAUUUAGUGGCUUCAUUGCCUAGCAAUUUAUUGUAUUGUUGUGGAUUCAAAAUUUUCUUUAAUUUGUGACUUUAAUGUUUGUUUAAAUGAUAGAAAGAAACCUAGGCUGAAUCCUUGGUAUAGAGUCCUUGAUGUAACAUGAAUAGGUUAAAGACUGGGACCAAACCAAUGAAAUUGCAUUCUGCCUUGGAUGUCAAGUGACAAGAUCCAGGGUUAAGUUUUGUGAA